GAGAAUUUGGCAGGCUCUCUCCAUGGCCGUCUUAUUCCUCCUCCUUCUGUUUCUACGUGGACCCCACCGGGCUGCUGCAGACAACAUCCAGACCAUCUAUGUAGCCCUGGGGGAGGCAAUGGAGCUGCCGUGCCCCUCACCACCCGCCCUGAGUGGAGAUGAGCUCCUGUCCUGGUUCCGCAGCCCUGCAGCAGGCUCCUCCACUGCCCUGGUGGCCCAAGUGCAAGUAGCCCGGCCAGGCCCAGACCCCGGGAAGCCCACAAGGGUAUCCAGGCUCAAACUGCUGGGGAACUAUUCGUUGUGGCUGGAAGGGUCCAAGGAGGGAGACGCCGGUCGAUACUGGUGUGCCGUGCUGGGUCAGCAACACAAGUACCAGAACUGGAGGGUAUAUGAUGUCUCCGUGCUCAGAGGAUCCCAGCUAUCUGCGAGGGCUGCGGAUGGAUCCCCCUGCUCUGUCCUUUUAUGUUCUGUGGCCCCUGCCAGACGCCUAGACUCUGUGACCUGGCUAGAGGGAAAGGGUCCUGUGAGGGGUCAUGUACAGUCAUUCUGGGGCAAUGGGGCUGCCCUGCUCUUGGUGUGUCCUGGGGACGGGCUCUCUGAGUCCGGGGAACAUAGACCAAGAAUCAUCAGCUGCCUCAUGCCUCACAACAAAGGGGUCAGCUUUAGCCUGGCAGCCUCCACUGAGGUCUCCCCUGCCCUCUGUGCCCCUUCCACGGGCUGGGAUGUGUCCUGGAUCCUGAUGCUGUUGCUCACAGUGGGUCAGGGGUUCACCAUCCUGGCCCUCAGCAUCAUGCUCUGCAGACAGAGGGUCCAGGGGGCUCAGCGCAGAGAUGCCUCGAUUCCUCAGUUCAAACCUGAAAUGCAGGUCUAUGAGAACAUCCAUUUGGCCUGUCUCAGAUCAGAUGAUCUCCAUGACAUCUGCUGGAAGUGUGACCUGCUGUUUCUCUGGCCAUCUGGCACCUGA